AUGGCCUUCCUUGGGGAUGAAAUUCGUACCGGGACCUACCGAUCGCUAUUCCAUCCAGAGCAACUCAUUACUGGCAAGGAAGACGCCGCUAACAACUACGCUCGAGGACACUACACCAUCGGAAAGGAGAUCAUCGACCUCACCUUGGAUCGUAUCCGCCGCCUCGCUGACAACUGCACUGGACUACAGGUUGGUUUGAAAAAUGUUUCUUACCUAGUGAAAUGUGUUUGA